AUGUUAGGAUCAAACCGACAUGCCGCCAGCAUACUACUGAUACCACACGGCAAUAGCUUAAAAUUGGAGGACGAGUCUGCCACUGUUCACGCAACGUUCGGCACUCAGACUGCACAGAUGGAGGGCGUUGGAUCAGCACAGUCCGCAGGGAGGCGGAGGACGGUCGUUUCUGGAAUGUCAAAAAGCGCGGCCGUGUUGUCGAUCUUGGCACUGGCCACACCCGCAAUGGCUGACUGUAUUCCGCUCUCAGGGACUACGACAUGUCCCGCUUUUGAGUCCGCGUCUAUAUCAACAAGCAGCAGUCUUGUAGGACUAUUUGGUUUCCUACAAUUUGUCUCAGACAGAGCCUCUUUUGACUCACGUCUGACCUCAUAUGUCCAGAGCGACUAUGUUCGUGAAAAGUACCAAAAUUUACUGGGCUGUGGCAACAUCAACUUCACAAACACGUCGGACUAUUAUGCACGAUUCACAACCUCAGUCAUCUGCAAUUCCAUUGUGCAAAAUUCGAUCAGCGAUUGUGCCCUGUCUGGAAGUGCCACUCGGCCUCUGUGUGCUGAUUCUUGUGCUCAAUAUGCCGAGAGCGAAGCAUACGUUCUGUCCGACAAUAAACUGUGUUCUCGACCUGGGAAUAAUGCUGCCAGUCAGAUCAGAGCCGACUUCACUAACUGCGCCCUGCCUGCAGAUUCGCUGUCCAGCUCUCAAUGCAUCUCGGCCAUCAACAAUGAGCCAGACAAUUGUGGCUAUGGUAACAGCACCCUAGGAUUGUGUUCUUACUGCGCGUCAGGGGGAAUCAACUCGACAGACACGUGCUGCUACAGCUCAAACGCCGAGAGACGAUGUGCGGGUGUGGUCUUGCCGCAGAUUACUUCUACCAUCGCCAUCACCACUUCGCUUCCGACGAACUCACCUACUAGUACACCGAUUGCAGGGGCUACAAACAACGGACUUUCAGGCGGUGCCAUUGCUGGCAUUGUAGUUGGCUCCGUUCUUGGUCUCGCCCUUCUCUUGGCCCUUAUUUUCCUGUGCAUUAGACGGGCACGCCGCAGAAGGGGCGACAGCCACAAGGGCAGCAUUUUCAACCAGCCGUCGCCCUCGAGGAGUGGACAUCCACAGACAACACAAAUACCCGCCAUGGCGACUCCUGCCACAGCGGCUGCGGCCCCCAAGGGGUAUGAGGUACUGCCUGGAGGCAGAAUAGCUCGCAUGUCCGCCUUGGAAGGGCAUUCUGCCGAUUCACCAUCGAGGCAUGGAGGGUCCAGAACAGGCAGUGGAGGUGCCACAACUGCGGCCGCAGCCGGCGCUGCAGCAGGUUAUAUGGCAGGGAGGAGAAGAGGAGAUAACCAUUCGUCGUCGGAUGAGUUUGGUGAGAGCCCUACAUCAGAGCCUCGCUCGGGUAUCUUGCGACCGCCGCCCACGAUGCUUCGUAGGAAUGGUUCCUUGUCCAGCAACUCCGUCUUGGCCGGCGACGAAACCCAGUCGCCGACUAGUGGUGGCAUGUCGUCGCCUCAAGGAGUUGCCAGUCAGCAGUCGGAACAAUUACCGUUCUUCAAGGACUACUAUUCACAGGACGACAUCAGCCCAGGCGAUCGAGUGGCUGUCCUUUGGGCAUACCACCCUCGCGCACCGGACGAAUUCUCCCUGGACCGCGGCGAUAUGCUCAAGGUGGUAGGCAUCUGGGACGACGGGUGGGCUACUGGCAUCAUGGUGGAUGAGCGCGCAGAGGAGUGGGAAGCACGCCGACAGGCUCAGCGGGACAGUGGUGUGUCGAACGCGUCUGGCCGCGGCCGAGACGUGUCACCUCCGGUCAGUGGCGAAAUCAAGGCCUUCCCUCUCGUCUGUGUCUGCCUUCCCGAGCACUGGAGAAAGACCAUCGAGGGCGACGGAUCGACGGAAAGCGGCUCCAGCGCACAUCAAGGUCUCCACACCUGA